AUGCCUACUGCUCUGUUGAUCGGCGACAUCACUCAUGCCCGCAAGGAGUGGGAGGAGCUGUCAUCCAUUCUGACGCUCAAGGAAUUCCCCAGCGGUACUCGAGAGGACUUUAUCCGCAAUUGCAAAGGGGGUCAAUAUGAUGAUAUUCUGGUUAUUUAUCGCUCCAACACUUCUACAAAGUUUACGGGUCCCUUUGAUGCAGAGUUACUUGCUGUUCUUCCCAAGUCGUUGAAGUAUAUCUGUCAUAAUGGUGCCGGGUAUGACAAUAUUGAUGUCAAGGGUUGCACAGAGAAAGGAAUCGCGGUGUCCAGCACACCUGUCGCUGUUAAUCAUGCCACAGCUGAUGUGGGUAUCUUCUUGAUGAUCGGUGCCUUGCGACAGGCCUAUGUGCCGUUGUCUGCUCUCCGGGCUGGCCAGUGGCAGGGUCAGGCUACAUUGGGCCGUGAUCCCCAAGGAAAGGUGCUAGGAAUUCUGGGAAUGGGAGGCAUCGGCAGGGAAAUGGCCAACCGCGCAAAGGCCUUCGGAAUGAAGAUCCAGUAUCACAACCGGUCCCGACUGUCGCCCGAGCUCGAGGGAGAUGCUACAUACGUGUCGUUUGAUGAAUUGCUGGCUAGCUCGGAUGUCCUUAGUUUGAACCUCGCCCUUAAUGCCUCUACCCGUCAUAUUAUUGGCGAGAAGGAGUUCCAGAAGAUGAAAGACGGCAUUGUCAUUGUUAACACCGCUCGUGGUGCGCUGAUUGACGAAAAGGCGCUGGUCGCUGCUUUGGAUUCCGGAAAGGUCUUGUCGGCUGGCUUGGACGUCUACGAGAAUGAGCCGGUUGUAGAGCAGGGGUUGGUGGAUAACCCCAAGGUGAUGCUAUUGCCACACAUUGGAACUAUGACAUAUGAGACACAGAAGGAUAUGGAGUUGUUGGUGCUGAACAACUUGCGCUCGGCGGUCCGUUACGCUGCUCAGGACAUUCCGGCCGCUAAGAGCGCCCGCGCCCGGGGCUCUUACCUGCGCGUCAGCUUCAAGAACACCCGUGAGGCUGCUCAGGCCAUCAACGGCAUGAAGCUCCAGCGUGCUCUUACUUUCCUUGACAACGUCACCAACAAGCUCGAGGCUGUCCCCAUGCGGAGGUUCGCUGGCAGCACCGGCCGUUGCGCUCAGGGCAAGCAGUUCGGUGUCAGCAAGGCUCGCUGGCCCGAGAAGUCCGCCAAGUUCCUCAUCGACCUCCUGAAGAACGCUGAGGCCAACGCCGACACCAAGGGUCUUGACACUGGCAACCUUGUUGUCAAGCACAUCCAGGUCAACCAGGCCCCCAAGGGCCGCAGACGCACCUACCGUGCCCACGGUCGUAUCAACCCCUACAUGACCAACCCUUGCCACAUCGAGCUCAUCCUUACUGAGGGUGAGGAGGUUGUCCAGAAGGGUCCCGUUGUCAAGGAUGCUCAUCUGUCCUCUCGUCAGCGUGGCCUCCAGGUCCGCCGUGCCAUCCAGGCAUAA